UCAUUUCCACAAAAUAUUGAAUUAAGACAACUGCAGGCAGCAAAUAUAAAAUAAUGUGUGCAGCCUACUUUUCUUUUAAGCUAAAGUACAGAAAUUGCCAAAAUCGAAUCCUCGUUCUCUGACGUCAUCCCGGUGUAUUUCUCUCUAACCAAACCACAGAUUUCCACAGUGAGUGACUGCCACCAACUAUCACUGAAUCGCCUCACGCAUUGCUAUGUAUCACUCUUCAAGCUUGUUAACCGGAGUCGUGUUAUCUCUUUAAUCCGCCCUCCCAUCCUUAUUAACCUUAUUAUGCGUUGGUGGAGCUGUGGCACGGAUAACGGUGUACAGAUGAAGGACCUCGUAAGGAACAGCAUGACUACGGAGAUGAUGGACGUGCGCUUAUUCAGGUCUCCAGUUUCAACCGCCGCAACUUCACCAACUUUGUACCCUGCCGAAAACGACACAAGUUGCGGUGAGCAGAUUCUUAGCCACGGGAGCAUGGAAAAGGUCCUCAUCGGAGCAGUCCUCACCAUGCUCACUUUACUCACCAUCUGCGGAAACUUACUGGUGGUUAUAUCUGUGUGCUUUGUGAAGAAACUUAAGCAGCCCUCCAACUAUCUGAUCGUGUCUCUGGCAGUGGCGGACCUGUCGGUGGCGGUGGCCGUAAUGCCUUUUGUCAGCAUCACGGACCUGAUCGGUGGCAGGUGGAUUUUCGGACAGGUGUUCUGUAACGUCUUCAUCGCCAUGGACGUUAUGUGCUGCACUGCGUCCAUCAUGACGCUGUGUGUCAUCAGCAUAGACAGGUACCUGGGUAUAACCAAGCCACUCACCUAUCCUGUCCGCCAGAGUGGCCGCUGCAUGGCCAAGAUUGUCCUGUCGGUGUGGCUCCUUUCUGCCUCCAUCACACUACCCCCUCUCUUUGGCUGGGCCCAGAACGUCAAUGACGACCGCGUGUGUCUGAUCAGCCAAGACUUUGGCUACACCGUGUACUCCACCGCUGUGGCGUUCUACAUCCCCAUGUCUGUCAUGCUCAUCAUGUACUAUCGGAUCUACCGAGCCGCCAAGGUCAGCGCGGCCAAACACACCAUCGCUGGCUUUCCCCGGGAGCCGGGGGAAGGAGACAGGGGUGGGGGAGAGGGCGUGCGGGAGACGGGAGAGGGAGUGGACUGCGUGGCGGCGGCCCUGAAGCUCCAGCGGGAGGUGGAGGAGUGCGCCCGCUUCUCGCGUCUCCUCAGAAAUGACAGGAAGAACAACAUCUCCAUCUUCAAGCGGGAGCAGAAGGCAGCGGCCACGCUGGGGAUUGUGGUGGGGUGCUUCGGUGUCUGCUGGCUGCCUUUCUUCCUCCUCUCCACAGCCCGGCCCUUCAUCUGCGGGGUGGAGUGCAGCUGUGUGCCCCUGUGGGUGGAGAGGAUCCUGCUGUGGCUGGGAUAUGCCAACUCCCUUAUCAACCCCUUCAUCUACGCUUUCUUCAACCGCGACCUGAGAACCACCUACCGCAACAUCCUCCUCUGCCGCUACCGCAACAUCAACCGUAAACUCUCUGCAGCCAGCAUGCAGGAGGCCCUCAAACUGACAGAGAGACAUGACCUGGUCAUUAAGGUUAAGUAGGAGAGAGAGAGGGGAGGCUCAGUACGGUCCUUUUAGGCCUAAAGAGAAAGAGAUACAGAUAUUGGUCAUAAAGGUCAAAGUGAGACCAACACUUGGUGAAGACACUGGUUUCUCUCCUAACAAGAGAGAAACCUGGAGAGAUUCUAAUUUGUUUUUGCAUGAACUGGAGAGAGAGAGAGAGAGAGAGAGAGAGAGGUCUUAGUGGUUGAUACUAAAAUAACUAUUUAUGAGACAAUUAUGGGAACCAGUUGGGGUUUGUGUACAGGUCAUCUGCAUGCCAGUAUCCAUGUGCAGAGCCAAAAUCUUGAGUUUAUUCACGAGUCUGGAACCCUUCCUGACUUCAGGCAGGAUUACUCAUCAUGUUAGCAUGACCAGAUAACCCAAGCUAUUAAUAGAAGGUAUGACUGGAAAGAUCUCACCAGGAUAUCCACAAACAAUAUUUGAUACACUUGGAUGAACAAAGACACAGACAGCAAGAGAGAUAAACAGGCAGAAAGACAGACAGACAUGUCGAUGACUAGACAGACACAGGGGAAACAGCUAGGAAGACAGACCUAACAAUCAUUCCGACAGAUUUAAAAAGUGCCCCCUCCCUCAUAAUUUUGGAGGACCCAUCCCCCGAAUUUGUUCUGUACCAAGCAAGGUUAACAGGUCACCUCUAAUCAUUUUUUCAAUGACAUUAAGAUAUCAUUGAGAUGACACCGACAUGCAUGCAAAAUUACACUGCACACGCAUGUGAAGUAUGACUCACUCCACGAACAAUUAAUGAGGACACUGUCACCUUUUACAUCAUCAUCCACACUCACACUUUGUUAAUGGGUACUGGCUGUUUUUGGGGAAAAACCAUUUAUGACAGUAAUAUCAUGCAACCACUUGCCACUUUGGGUCAUAAGUCAUAUUCUAGAUCUGAAUAAUAAAUAUCAAAUAACAAUACAGCAUAUUAAGAAUUAGCGGACGUUCUUUCCUUUAAAGGUUUGUAAACAGUCCACUCUAACCUGUCCUACAGCAUGUGAAUGUAUUAUUCAUGUGUGAGUAAUGGCGUUCUGACAGAAAUCUGUAGGUCAGAAGCAGCACUAUGUCAGUCAUCUAUAUUUAUCCUGUGAAUAUUCUUUCCAGCUGGCCACACUGACAUAUUUGGUCAAAUUCAAUGUUCCCCUGCUCUAAGCGUAAACAAGUAGAAGUGAAAUGUUGAUUAUUUGUGAUAAGAUCUGAUAAAGCCAUUUAUUCUGUACAGGACUGUACAGCAUAAUUUGAGUGAUGUGAAUUCACAUGAUUUGAAGAGAUACUGUAGCUUAAUGUAGAACAUUAUGUCAUUAAAAUAUCUUUUUUCGAGGGUCUUGUGGAGAGUAAUGUAGGUAACGGAUGUUGUCAAGGUGGCUGGUCAUGUGUAGAUGUUUUUGUAUGUAAAGGAUACUAAAGGAGGAGGAUACUAAAUGUAAAGAUGGAAAACUGAAGGAGAAGUCAGAAAUGUCAAUUUUUGUGCAAGAGAACAUGUCUUCUUGUAUUAUUUAAAGUA